AAAUGAUACACACUCAUGGCCCACCUCCCACCAUGCCGGACUCUUAUUAUAAAACCACCCUCCCCCCAUUCACUUCCUCAUCUUCUUCUUCAACACCUUCAACAAACACAAACACAAACACAAACCUUAACAACAACAAUGCCGAGAAUCUUCCUUUUGUACAACCUAAUCUACUCAAUCUUCCUCUCUUUCCUCCCCAAAAACCUCCGCCACUACCUCCCUAAAUCCCACACCCAACAACAACAACAACAAAUCCAAAACGACACCGUCUCUCAACCCUCUCAACCUCCUCAAACCCCACGAACCUCCCGCAUGAACCCGGAUCAACUCCAACGCAUCUUCCAAAUGUUCGACAAGAACAACGACGGAACAAUCACCAAACACGAGCUCAACGAGUCACUAGAAAACAUGAAAAUAUUCAUCUCGGAUGAAGACUUGGUUCGCAUGAUCGACAAAGUUGACAUUAACAACGACGGGUGUGUAGAUUUGGACGAGUUUGGUGUCUUGUAUAAAGAGAUUAUGGAUAACCAGGAGAAUGAGGAGGAUAUGAUGGAGGCGUUUAAUGUGUUUGAUCAGAAUCGAGACGGGUUUAUCGCGGUUGAGGAGUUGAGAUCGGUGUUGGAGUCGUUGGGGUUGAAACAAGGGAAGGUGGUGGAUGAUUGUAGAAGGAUGAUUAUGAAGGUUGAUGUGGAUGGUGAUGGUAGAGUUAGUUUUAAUGAGUUUAAAGAGAUGAUGAAGUCGGGUGGGUUCGUUAAUUUGGCUCAAAGUUGAAUUGGGUUAUUGUUUUGUUCAUGUUCGUUCAUUUAUUUUUUAUUUUAUUUUUUUUCGGAUGAUUUGAGUUGAACUGAAUCAACCGUGUUAGAUUCAAUGGAUUUGUAACGGCGUAUUAUGUAUAUAGAUCGAUUAUCAUUGAUUCUUUAAUUUUAUUUGGGGAUGUUCAUGUUGUAUUCAAUGUAUUAAUUUGUUUAGAGUAAAGUGGAAUUUACAUUCUUGUGGUU